AUGGCUUCAUCCAUUUCAACUCUCAAUUCAUCAAUGUUACUUCCAAUUUCCAAAGAACAAAACUACCCAUCUUCCAAUUUUCAUUCAAACACCUUAAAGUUUGCAUCUUUUCCUUCAAAAAUCUCUUGUUCUGUCACUAGAGAUGCUUCCUCUGUUCUUCCAUUGCAGGAUCAGACCAAGGCUGAAAAUGGGUCGGUUCUUCCUCUAAGACCCGAUUCGUUUGGGAGGUUUGGGAAGUAUGGUGGGAAAUAUGUUCCUGAAACUCUUAUGCAUGCUCUUACUGAACUUGAAGCUUCGUUCUAUGCCCUUGCUGCUGAUGAAGAUUUUCAGAAAGAACUGGCUGGGAUUCUAAAGGACUAUGUUGGUCGGGAGACUCCUCUUUAUUUUGCAGAAAGGUUGACGGAGCAUUACAAGAGGCCUAAUGGUGAAGGGCCUCACAUUUAUUUGAAGAGGGAAGAUCUUAACCAUACCGGGGCCCAUAAAAUUAACAAUGCUGUUGCUCAAGCUUUGCUUGCUAAGAAAUUGGGCAAACAACGCAUUAUUGCUGAAACCGGAGCUGGGCAGCAUGGAGUUGCAACUGCUACUGUAUGUGCUCGAUUUGGUUUAGAAUGCAUUAUUUAUAUGGGUGCACAGGAUAUGGAAAGGCAGUCGCUGAAUGUCUUCAGAAUGCGUCUUCUUGGUGCUGAGGUGAGACCAGUCCACUCUGGGACUGCUACACUUAAGGAUGCUACCUCCGAAGCUAUAAGAGACUGGGUGACGAAUGUUGAAACAACUCAUUAUAUUUUGGGUUCUGUCGCUGGACCGCAUCCAUAUCCAAUGAUGGUGAGAGAGUUUCAUGCUGUAAUCGGCAAGGAAACCAGAAAACAAGCAUUGGAGAAAUGGGGAGGGAAACCAGAUGUUCUGAUUGCAUGUGUUGGUGGAGGUUCAAAUGCCAUUGGACUUUUCCAUGAAUUUGUUGAUGAUAGUGAUGUUAGGCUAGUUGGUGUGGAAGCUGCUGGCUUUGGCCUCGACAGUGGCAAGCAUGCUGCUACAUUAACAAAAGGAGAAAUUGGGGUUUUGCAUGGAGCUAUGAGCUAUCUGCUGCAGGAUGCUGAUGGACAAAUAGUCGAGCCUCACUCUAUUAGUGCAGGGUUGGACUACCCUGGUGUUGGACCUGAACAUAGCUUUUUGAAAGACUUGGGACGUGCUGAAUAUCAUAGCAUCACUGAUGAUGAAGCAUUGGAAGCUUUUAAGAGAGUUUCGCGACUCGAAGGCAUCAUUCCAGCUCUGGAGACAUCACAUGCCUUGGCUUAUCUUGAGAAAAUAUGUCCAACUCUUCCUAACGGAACAAAGGUCGUGGUUAACUUCAGUGGCCGAGGUGAUAAGGAUGUUCAUACUGCUAUCAAGUACCUGAAGGUUUGA